GCGCCGACCUGCGGAGCGGCGACCGGGGGCGACUGGGCUCGCUCGGCUGGCAGGCAGGCAGGCAGGCAGGCAGGCGCGCUCCGGCGGUGCUCACAGGUGGGCGACUCCGCCCGGCACGCCCGAGCCCGCCGCGUGGGGCCGGAGACGCAGCGGCGUCCAGGGGGGAGCCGGUCCUCCUCCCGGUCCCUGCCUUGGUCGCCCGGGCAGGCGUUGGCGUUAAUGAGAAGCGAGGAUGUGUUUAUAAGAUGUAAGUUGAGUUCUUACCACCUUUACCUUCCGAGACCUGUGCCUCAUGGUGACAGGUACAAAUCGGUACACCAAAGGGCAAUAUGAAGCCAGUCAAAAAAAAGAAAACUGAAGAGCCUGAAUUGGAGCCCCUGUGCUGUUGCGAGUACAUAGAUCGAAAUGGGGAAAAGAACCACGUGGCUGCCUGUUUGUGUGAUUGUCAGGACCUCGAUGAAGGCUGCGACAGAUGGCUUACCUGUAAAUCACUUCGGCCGGAGACUUGCGAAAGAAUCACGGAUACAAUUUCUGAUCGCCUCCGAAUCCCUUGGCUCAGAGGAGCCAAAAAAGUUAAUAUUAGCAUCGUCCCUCCACUCGUCCUUCUGCCAGUUUUCCUUCAUGUGGCUUCCUGGCACUUCCUGCUGGGGGCGGUGGUUCUGACCUCCCUUCCCGUGCUGGCACUGUGGUACUACUACCUCACUCACAGGAGGAAAGAGCAAACGCUGUUUUUCCUGAGCCUCGGACUGUUCUCCUUGGGCUACAUGUACUAUGUGUUCCUGCGGGAGGUGGUCCCCCAAGGGCGCGUAGGGCCCACUCAGCUGGCCCUUCUCACCUUCGGGUUAUUUCUGAUACUCCUAGCCUUGUACCGAGCCAAGAAGAAUCCAGGCUACCUCAGCAACCCAGUGUGCAAUGACAAAUCCCCAAGCAACAGCCAAAUUGAAUGCCCAGCCAAAAAAGGGCAGGAGAAGACCAAAGGGUUCCCCGGCACAGAUACCUCGGGGAGCCUCAACAACCGGACACUGAAGGACGAUGUUAGGGGUUCUUCCAGGGUGGGGCUUGACAGCCCUGCCAAAGUGAAGGAAGACUGGUGUGCCAAGUGCCAGCUAGUACGACCCGCCCGGGCAUGGCAUUGCCGGAUAUGCGGUAUUUGUGUAAGGAGAAUGGAUCAUCAUUGUGUCUGGAUAAAUAGCUGCGUCGGAGAAUCAAACCACCAAGCAUUUAUACUUGCCCUUUCCGUCUUCUUGCUCACCUCGGUCUACGGAAUAUCGCUGACCUUGAACACCAUUUGUAGGGAUAGAAGCCCCUUCACGGCUCUCUUCUACUGUCCUGGAGUUUACGCUAACUACAGCUCAGCCCUGUCCUUCACCUGUGUGUGGUACUCUGUGAUCAUCACAGCGGGCAUGGCCUACAUCUUCCUCAUCCAGCUGAUAAACAUCAGCUACAACGUAACGGAGAGGGAAGUGCAGCAGGCCCUUCGGCAGAAGACCGGGCGCCGGCUCCUCUGCGGACUCAUCGUGGACACAGGCCAGUACAACAGGGGCUUCCUGCGCAACUGGCUCCAGUUCUCCACCCUCGGCACCCACACCAUCCACACCCCCGCCGAGGACAUCGUCUGAAGUGCCUUCCGUGCAGCUCUGCGGGACAUUCCUCUGUCCUUUCCAUUUCACACGUUGGUAUCCGUGAGGGAUUCAUCUCCACCGCCCACUUCUCAGAGGUACUGGAGGGCUAUGCUCAGGUUUGGAGAGAGAACCGAAGCAAGGGUCAUUUUUCUUCUGCCUUUAUAACUUAGUUUAGUCCUGAAGCAGUGAGAGUGGAGCUCUCUCUUCCUGUCACCUUGCUGACUCAGGCUCCAGAAGCCGCAGAGAGGCUGUGGAUCACACGAACCAUUCAUAUGAGGAAGGAAGUCAGUUAGAACUAGGAGCGUUCCCAGCCCUCCUUUCAAUUCUUAAUAGCCAUAAAACCCCUUGGUAGAGUCACUUUUCCCAAGUCUCAGGUUCAUCUGUAUGGGGGCUUCUGCUGCCUGGCUACCUCAUGGAGCAGCCAUCAUGGCCACCUGAGGAGGGAUGUGGAAGCACUCCAGUCCAGCUCAAGCACUAGGAGGAAUCAGGCCUUAUUAGGAAAUCCCUAGGACUGAAUUAGACCACCUGUAGGUCAGAAUAUUGAAGCCAAUACUAUUAAGACAAUCAGUUUGUACAGUUAUGGAAAUUCUCCGUGUUAGACCUUGUUCUCACAGCUUAGCAACGACAAGAGGGCCAACGCUAGUCAUCUUGUCUUGAGAAGGACAGCUGAGGAAAAUGUAAAUUAUUAUGUGUGCAGUGUGUAGUGGGCAGAAAUGUAGGUGACAAAUAUAUUUGUUAAUGUAUCAUUUUAUAUUAUAAUUCUAACAGGUUUUGCCCUCCUCCCACGUCUUACCUGGGUGAGGUGCUAGCACACGGUAGCUAGAAGGAGAGGAGACUGUCCUCUGAGAACAUUUUCCCUCUUUUGUGGCUGUGGAGGCUGAUGAAUAUCAAGGGCUUGAUUUUUUUUUUUAUUAUUGUUCAUGUAUUUCCAGUGCUGUAGAUUUACAGCACUAAAUGGGAUCAUCAGCCUGGCGUGAACUCUCUCCGGGGUGACUGACACCUUCCCAUAUCCACAUGGCUGCUCAUUCGUCCUCCCAACGAACACGCAUCUCACUAGGAGAGAAGAACAGGGUACAUGUGCUUCCCAGCACUGAAUAGAACACUGCUUUCCAGCUCUUCCCCAGUACCAAAAUUGUUCCUUUGAAACCUGGGGAAGACUGCAGAAUGGGCAUAGAAAUGGGAGAUCCAUAUGAGGAAAACUCCCAUCAGGAGGCAUUUGUUUUUCACACGUGUACUGUUUCUGGGAUCCCAGAGAUCAAAGGUAAUUUGUGAGACCUUAAAUUUGCCUUGGCCCUGUUGCUUCGUAGAGGGGAAACAGUACUUUGUGGUUUUUUGUUGCUGGUUGCUGUUCUGUGCCUGCUUGUAGGCACUGAGGAAAUGCCCCUGCUUCUUGGCUUAGUCUGCCCUUUGCGCGGAGCACCACCCCGAGACUUGCCGUUAACCAGGGUUCUCCUGAAGGCAGGCACCACAUUUUCAUCCAGGUUUGUCAUUGCUCUCCCUAGAGGUCUAUUGUUUAAUAAAUAAUAGACUCCAUAUUCCACAGGGUAAGCCAGAGCAAGCCUGGGGAUGUUCGCUGGCUGCAGUUUCCACGGCGAUGCCUGUCUCUGGCCCAGAGUCAGACAUUCAUUCAGAAUGAAAGUUGGCUUGGAUACAACUAAUUUCUGUCUUUGUGGGUUUUAGGUAAGAGAGAUGGUAGUAAUGUCAAAGACAGCGUAUGUGGGCAGAAAUUGGUAGUUUUCAUGUCUCUUGAAUGCCGGUAUGUAUUCAGCUCUGAACAUCUAGCUGCUGAGAAAAUGUACAGAAAUCGGAUAGUCAGUCCAUGUGCCUGCUGCGUCUUCAGCAGUAGUGCGCUUGGGAUGUGAAGGUGAGCACUACCCCAAGACCUAGCAUUGGGAGGAUUAGGAAUGAGUACCCUCUUUCUCAGAGCUUGCCACUCAAGGGUCACAUGAAUGAGGCCACUCAGUUUCCUUCCAUGGAUGGGGACUCCUUGUUGGCUCUGUGGCUCCCUUGACUUAAGAAGCCAGAAUUUCUUUUCUUUUUAGAUUUUAUCUUGUACGUGCGUGCGUGCGUGCGUGCGUGUGUGUGUGUGUGUGUGUGUGUGUGUGUGUGUGUGUGUGUGUGUGUACGUGUACAGGGGAGGCCAGAAGAGCUCCCCUGGAGCUGGAGUUACAGGCAGCCAUGAGCCAGCUGUCAUGGGCACUAAGAACUAAACUUGGGUCCCCAGGAAGAGCAGCACAUGCUCCUAACUGCUGAGCCAUCUCUCUAGCCUCCAAAGCUGAAGUUUCUGGAGAACUUUGGCAGUUUGUAGGAGGAAGCUCAAACCUGUAAGACGAUCCUUGCUUUGUGGAUCGUUCAGUCCACUCAUUCGUCCUCCUCUUCCCCCUGCCUCCGAUCUCACUAGGAGAGAAGAACAGGGUACAUGCGCUUUCCAGCACUGAACAGAACACUGCUUUCCAACUCUUCCCCAGUACCAAAAUUGUUCCUUUGAAACCUGGGGAAGACUGCAGAAUGGGCUCUCCUUCUGCCAUAGAAACGGGAGAUCCAUACGAGGAAAAGUCCGUCUUGAGGUGUUUGCACACGUGUACUGUUUCUGAGAUCAAAGAUAACUUGUGAGACCUUAAAUUUGCCUUGGCCCUGUUGCUUCGUAGAGGGGAAAUGGGGAAUGUGCACUCAGCUUUUUGUACUUCGUUUCUAAGAGACAGCCAAUCAGAGGCUGUCUACAAUGAGACCUUUGUGCUUUAUGAUCCUAAGUUGUUUGUGGGGUUUUGGCAUUCUCCAGACCGUAGAUUUAAUUGGAGUCUUCAGAAAGGCAAGGCCUCUGUGAACGGGUUGUCCCAAGCAUCCAUGGAGAAGCCAGCAGUCCCUCGACCGUGGGAGCAAGUACUCCCCACAAAGGUGACUCCAGAUAAACAGGUCCUCUUGUCCUGCAUUUGAGCCUCAUAAAAAUCCCUCCCUGUUCUGAUCCUUUACACUACUACCACACCAUUGUGUAUAUUCCCAGGAAGGAGGCCUUGAGCCUGCUUUUGAAAAACUCAAGGAAAAACACAGGAUGGAGACUGGAAGGAAGGAGAAAUCCCUUCCUUGAUAGAAAUGUGUCUUAGGAGCUUGCAAAGUACCGUGUAGGCCCCCCUCACUGCCUCGUCUGCAGGCCACUCUGAUGCCGCUAAAAUGAAGCCUUAAAUGUGUUUUGGGGACAGUGCUGUCUGCUCCCUCAGCCACAUAGUUGCUAGGAUAUUGUAAAUCUCUGCUCUCCAACUGGCAUUUUCCUCUGAUGAAUGCAUUGACUGUCGUCCACUGUACCGCCUGCCUAGAAGGAAAACUGCUGUAAACUCUCUUAUGAAAUACUCCUUGGUACUCUGAUAUUUUUAGCAAAAGAAAACUUUGUAUUCUAUAACUUCCCACUGCCAGAAAACACAAUGCCAGUAAGAGUCUAUGUAAUACUGAUAUCUACCUAACAGACUUCCUUCUUGGGGUAGGACAUCAGCUUUUUAGUAUAAAGCUCAAUUGACAGAAGUAAACACCUGUAGAAGCACAGCUUUAACCAUGAAGCUUAAUAAAAGCAGUGCUCCAUGCACUCAUCUCUUUAAACUAGCCGAGUAGGUUUCUGUGAUGGAACUUCCUGUUAGCCAUGUUUUGGUACCCUGCCAUUCGAAAAGGAGCCUUCUUGUACAAACAGUGGGUUCGAGCUGAGCUGGAGGCACCUGCUUGGAGCCUGGUUUGCUCAGCAUAAGUUUGGCAAGUGAACUGUUUCAUGUUAAACACGCAGAGGCCGUGUGGCGAGAAUGAGAGCCACGCUAACUAAACUGAACACCAAAUGAAACUCAGGGUGUUCUUGUGAAUGUUUGCUGAGAUUCAUGUAACUGCUCUGAAGCAGUGGCCACACUGAAUCCUGAUGCUGACGGACAGCUGUCUGAGCCUGAGCUGGCUCUGUGCAUUUCACCGUAGGACCGGCAGGCUGGAUGGUUAGCAGAGCACGUGGCUCUCUCCACCUUGGGCUUGUGAUUUAUAAGUACUGGAGAUGUCCUGGUGUCGCUUUUCACCUUUAAAAAUCCAUACUUAAAAGGCAAAGCUUUAAACCCAGAGCUAGUCUGCUCUAAUGAUACAAAUAAAAGUUUUUCAGGCUGAUCCAUUGACAAGGUGCCAUGUAACAGCAGCAAGCUCAUGCAUGGUGCCAGGGCCUGGGUGACUUGAUGAUUUGUUAUGUCUUUGGGGCCUUUUCAUUUGAGCUGAUUUCUAUGUCUGAUGGUAGACUAAAUGAAUCCCAGGAAUGGCUUUAAUAUUAAAUUCAAUAUUUAAUGUGGAUGGCCCAACAACAUGAAGUGGGAUUCCUCAAGCCAAACUGGACUCAGUACUCUUUUUGUCACCGUAUCUUUGCACCUCAGACUCAGAUGUAAGGCCUUUAAAAUGGAAACUUUACAAACUCCUGCCAUUUGUGCAAACUAAUGUCCUGUGACCGUGCUGUUUAAAAGGAAAAUAAAGUGCUUUCUUUUCUGAAAA